AUGGAGAUCGCCUGUGAGUCUCGGAACCGCGUGAAGGACAAGAAGUAUCGCACCAUCCGCUACGACAACUGGGAUCGGAACUGGUGCUGGAUCGGCGUCAAGGAGAUGUGCCACGAGAACCUGAAGUACCCCCGCUCCUGGACGCACUACCGGCAGGAGGCCUUCAAGAAAGGCAUGGCGCCUGACCCGGAGCUCACCCCCUUCGACGGGCUCACGAACCCCGAGGUUUGCGACGGCGCUAGACACGGAGUUCCAAAGCCCUUCUUGCACAACGAGGAAGCGGUGGCGCUGGACUGGUUCCAACGCAAUGUCAAGGUCUACGUGCUGAACUUGCCCAAGUUCUACAAUCGUUGGGAUGUGAUCUCUGCACGUCUGGCUGAGCUGAAGAUUUACCCUGAAAGGGUCAUAGGCGUGGACAUGCAGGAGCCCGGCAUGUACCAGACUGCCAAGUGGAAUGGCUGGAUCCCACAGUGGUUCAACCUGAACGAGGCGCAGGCGAUGGCCAAGAAGCCGGAGAACGACAUGGGCAUGAUCCUCGGCACCGUGGGCUGUGCUGCGGCACACUUCAAAGCGCAGGAUGCUGUUUUGCGUGACAAUCCGAAGCUUGGCCUGGUCCUGGAGGAUGACUCCUACCUCCUUGACGACUUUGUGGUGCGAUUAUGGCGCAUCGUGACGCAGGAGCUCCCCUGCGACUGGGAAGUGCUCCAGCUUCUGGGCCGGUGCCCUUUCGGGAAAUGCGUUUCGGAGCACCUGGCCCGCAUCCAGCCCGACGGCAAUGAGCCCGAGAAUCUGUGCCAUGCUGGAGUGAACUGGGGAUUCCACGGCGUCCUUUACCGCACGGAGCGGCUCGCGGAGGUGCAGAAGCUGUGGCAGAAGCGCGUCUUCGACGCUGAGAUCCCGCACUGCUUAGAUCUUGAUGCCGGGCGCUCGGAGAGGGCAUAG